AAAAAAUGAACAGAAACCAUGAUGAAUGAACAUAUAUAAAUGACCACCCCUCUCGGCUGCACGUUUCACGGGUUUUCAUUCUACACCACCACCAAACAUCUCCCGAUACGCUAUGCCGUCAAGGCUUUCCCAGCCACAGCAUAUCUACUAACUUCCAGAUCCAAAGCAUCGCAAUAACGGACUAACUGCUACUAACCACAAAAGCUCAACUUCCUGAUCAUCAUUCUAGAACCCCUCUCAGGACGACCACAUCAAGAUCCUCCCAAAGAUGUAUCCGCCCAAAUCACCUGGAUCUAUCCCCAGGCCAGCGAAAGGUCAACGAAGAACACGAUGGGGCCCAGAAAGCCAGGUCGCCGCGCUGAACGGCCUCAAGACCGCCAUCACAACAGCCAUGACGCCCGAACAGCUCGAAGCGUACGCCACGCACUUCCGGAUCGAGGAGAUCGGCCAGAAGAUGCAGGGCGGCGGCGGCGGCCCGGCCCCACCGCCCAGCUCAGACUCGAAAAGACCACCCUCGCCAGCCCCCAAGUACGACGCCUCAGGCCGCCGCACCAACACCCGCCAGCACCGCUACCGCCAGGGCCUGGAGGCCGAACGCCGCGCGCUCGUCGGCGCCGCCCUGGACACCAUCCCAGGCUACCAGCGGCCCCGUGACUUGUUGCACUGUAGCCUCAAGCGGGAUCCUGUCGUCACCACCAAAGUCUACAUCCCGGUCCGCGACUUCCCAGGCAUCAACUUCAUAGGCCAGAUCCUCGGGCCCCGCGGCCAGAGCCUAGCGGCCAUGAGCGAGGAGUCGGGCGCGCACGUCGCCAUCCGGGGCAAGGGCUCCGUCAAGGAGGGCCGGGCCGGCGGUCACCACCACCACCACCCCCGGGGCCACGGGACUAACAACAACAACGACCAGCAGGAGCCGCUCCACUGCCUCAUCAGGGCCGACACGCAGGCAGAGGCCGACCACGCCAGGAGGCUCAUCGACGAGGUCAUCGAGGCCGCCGCCUGCAGCCCCGAGGACCAGAACCGGCGCAAGCGCGCCCAGCUGCGCCAGCUGGCCGUCAUGAACGGGACGUUCCGGGACGACGAGGGCCGGGCGUGCGACAACUGCGGCCGGCCCGGCCACCGCCGGUCCUUGUGCACGGCGCCCGCCCGGUUCGUGGCUGGUGUCACCUGCCGCGCCUGCAACGGUGCCGGCCACGUCGCCCGCGACUGCCCACGGCGGGGGGGUGCCGGUGCGAAGCUGCCGCCGUGGAGGGUGGGCCGGCUGGCUCGUGAUCAGCAGGCAGAGGCGGGGGGUGCUGGCCCCGACGCGGAGUUUGAACAGCUCAUGUUGGAGCUUGGGGGGUAG